AUGGCUUCUCGUACUACACCCUUUCGGAUCUUGCAAAAGAGAGCAUACAGUAAUGCUGCGACAGCAUCAACGCCACAGACAUCACCUUUCAGUCCCAGGCAUUUCCUUUCCACUGCAGACUUGUCAUCCACUGAACUCACAACACUCGUCCGCAAUGCACAUGCCCACAAACAAUCAAUCAAAGCAGGCGCAAUGCCGAAAUCAUUACUGGGCGCGCUAUCAGGAAAGAAUAUUGCACUCAUGUUCAACAAGCGGUCAACAAGGACGCGUGUAUCCUCUGAGAGUGCAAUUACUAUGCUCCAAGGCCAUACAAUGUUUCUGGGAAAAGAUGAUAUUCAAUUAGGGGUCAACGAGUCAUUGAAGGAUACGGCAAUCGUGAUAUCAAGCAUGGUAGCUGCAAUGGUCGCUCGAGUGGCAGCACAUGCAGAUGUGGCCGACUUAGCGACUCAUUCUACCGUACCAGUCAUAAACGCGUUAAGUGACGACUUCCAUCCUUUGCAAGCGAUUGCAGACUGCCUCACUAUCUACGAAUCGUUUGCGUCAAAUCGAACGAACGCCAGGUCAUCUGUACCUGGUCUUGGCUUAGAAGGUCUCAAGCUUGCCUGGGUCGGUGAUGCCAACAAUGUUCUAUUUGACCUCGCAAUAGCGUCAGGCAAGCUUGGGAUGGACAUGGCGGUAGCUACACCGAACGGCUAUGAAAUCCCACAUCAAAUGAGGGAAAACAUUGUGAAAGGUCGAGGAGAUGCGAGGACUCAGGGCAGCUUUACAGAAAGCCAAGUGCCAGAAGAAGCUGUCAGUGAUGCGGACGUAAUUGUCACAGAUACAUGGGUGUCAAUGGGGCAAGAGGCCGAGCAACAAAAGCGACUCGCUGCGUUCAAAGGGUUUCAAGUGACGUUCGAUCUUGCAAAACGGGGAAAAGCAAAGCCUGGGUGGAAAUUCAUGCAUUGCCUGCCUCGUCACGCUGAAGAAGUGUCAGACGAAGUAUUCUACAGCCCUGCGAGAUCGCUUGUGUUCCCUGAAGCUGAGAACCGGCUGUGGGCCAUGCUAGCUGUGUUGGAAGCAUUCGUUGUCAAUCAUGGAAAGAUUAUCUAA